AUGGCAGAGUGGACUAACAGUUCGUGGAACCGCUCUGCGGGACAGGGUCCGGGACAGGGUCUGACCGGCCUGGAGGACAUUGACGUUACAGACGGAUCUCCCGCGCUCCGUAUCCUGAUCUCCAUCGUGUACAGUGUGGUGUGCGCCGCGGGGCUCCUGGGGAACCUCCUGGUGCUGUUCCUGAUGCGGGCCCCCCGCGGCGGCCGCAAGCGCUCCAGCAUUAACCUAUUCAUCCUGAACCUCGCGCUCACAGACUUCCAGUUUGUGCUGACGCUGCCGUUCUGGGCUGUGGACACCGCACUGGACUUCAGCUGGCCGUUCGGCGGUGCCAUGUGUAAAAUCAUCCUGUCCGUUACCGUCAUGAAUAUGUACGCCAGCGUCUUCUUCCUCACGGCGAUGAGCGUCACGCGCUACUGGUCCGUGGCGUCUGCGCUAAAGGACCGGACUCGGCGGCGCGUGUGCCCGGUGCGCUGGGUGAUCUUGGGGCUCUGGGUGUCCGCCACCGCGGCCUCGUUACCGACUGCUGUGUUCUCCACGGUGCGGGACGUGGCAGGAGAGCGCCUCUGUCUGCUGGGCUUCCCGGACGGUCAGUCCUGGCUCGCACUCUAUCACCUGCAGAAGAUCCUCGUGGCCUUCGUGUUCCCGAUGCUCACGGUGACCGUGUGUUACCUGCUGCUGCUGCGCUUCGUGCGCGCACGGAGCAUGAACAACAACCACGUGAAGCGGCGCUCACGCGUCACGCGCUCCGUGACCAUCGUGGUGCUGUCCUUCUUCGUGUGCUGGAUGCCGAACCACGCCAUCACGUUUUGGGGCGUCCUGGUGAAGUUUAACGUGGUAAACUGGGACCGUACGUACUACAUGGUGCACACGUACGUGCACCCGCUCACUGUGUGCCUCGCGCACACCAACAGCUGCCUGAACCCGGUGCUGUACUGCCUCAUGCGCCGCGAGUUCCGGAAGAAGCUGAAGGAUCUGUUCUGGAGGAUGUCGACCCCCCCGGGUCCGGGCACGUGCCCCCUGCGUCCCUUUUCUGGCACUGUGCGCGUGGAGCCCGAGGAUACGCAUGUCGUGAUCCCACUGCACCACGUGGACACCGAGAACUGCCGUCUUUCGGUGCUCACGUGCGACACCGAGCCGCUGCCGAAGUGA